AUGGUGGACCCGCGGCAGGUGCUGGCGGGGUUCCUCACCCUCUCCAUGUUCGUCAUGCUCGGCAACAUGAUCAAGCACGACCACUUCACCUCCGUCUCCGAGCUGGCCGUGGAGGCAACAGGCGUGGAGUUAAAUGCGAUGAAGAUCGCAGACAAUACUGAAAUAACCAAGGCUGGACUGGAGCUCCAAACGGAGGCUACUGAGGAGAUUAAGCCCUGCUGGACCAAACCAAGCCCAAAGGAUGAUCAGUCUAACGGUUUUGUUACCUUGUCAUUGACUAUUGGCCCCGAAUACCAUGCAUCACAGAUCGCUGAUGCUGUAGUGAUUGCAAGGUAUCUGGGAGCUACACUUGUACUUCCAGAAAUCAGAGGAAAUGAAUUAGGAAAGAGUCGAAAAUUCCAAGACAUGUACGAUGUGGAAAAAUUCAAGAUGAACUUGGAUGGUGUUGUCAAAGUAGUAGAUAAACUUCCUGCUGAAUGGACCACUAAGAAGCCAGCCGUUAUUAGAGUACCAAACCGUGUGACAGAGGACUUCAUCCUGGACACCAUUCAGCCUGCCUUCCAAAAGAACAGUUACCUACGACUCGCAAUUAUUUUCUCUUCAGUAAGUUUGAAACCGAAAGGGACGAAUAACAAAGACUUGGAUUCGACUGCUUGCCAUGCAAUGUUCACUGGGCUCAAACUGAACGCCGAAUAUUCAGAAGUGGCUGAACAGAUGCUGGGCAGGCUUAAAGAGCUCAGCAAGAAAUCGGAUGGCAGGGUGUUGGCGGUUGAUAUGCGGACCGACUUGCUAGAGAAGAAGACUUGUAAAACAAGUGCUGGUGCGAGAAGGAAAGGCUGUUAUAAUCCUCAGGAGGUUCUGAAUUUCCUGAAGAAGGUCGGCUUCUCUGCUAACACAACCAUCUACUUGACAGAGACAUGGUGGCACAAAGGCCUGAAUAAUCUGAAGAGGGAUUUUAACUUACAAUCUGUCUUUGUGCAGGACGACAUCAUGCCAGCUGAGAAGAAAGGAGAAUUCCUGAAUUCUGGCGAUUCAGACCUAGCAAGGGCCCUGGACCUCGAGAUCUGCUCGCAGAGCGACGUGUUCGUCCCCGCCAUCCCCGGCAUGUUCUACGGAAAUGUGGCCGGUAAGAGGAUCGCGUCAGGCCUGACCCAGAUCCUUGUCCCAGCUCCGGUGGUCGGUGGUUCGGCUCAGGCCUCAGACUUCGUCUCCACAUACAUCACCAAGAAGAGCCACUUCGCCUACUCAUGCUACUGCUAG